AUGAACCAAUUAUCCAACAUUGACAAUAUUCUCCCUUCCAAUGUCAACACCUUUGCUGGUGACACGACGACUCCCACGAACAUGCACCCUCCCUCCACUAAUGCCAACACAUCCUACUCUUACGGCAAUGCAGUGACCUUCACACCUACCCCACAACCUUUUGCUCAAAUUGGCAUCACUCAGGCCGACGGCCAUUCCUACUCGCAAGUGGGGAAUUCUUAUGUCACUCAGUACCAGAACGAUAAUUCCAGCAUUAACGUCCAGAACUCGAGCGCAGUGUUUUGCAAGGAUUAUCCGACUGCGAGCUACAGUGCGGUGCAUAGUGCGGAAGCCUGGGCACAAGAAUGUCUGUAA